AUGAAAAUUGAAAAGUUGCAAAGUUGUAUUGACUCUUAUAAAGAAGUUGAGUCGUUGCAUGAAUUACCCCAAGAUCAUAAAUCAGAGGAAAAGUUACCACAAAUUGAAAAGCCAACAAGAUCCCUUACUCGAGCCGCCGCUAGUGUAAUCAAAGCAUAUGAAGAUGAAGAAUCAAGUGAUAGUGAAGAUUUUGAAGCUAAUGAUGAUUCUGAAGAAGUUAUUGUGAUAAAUUAUAAUAGAUCAAAUACACCUAAAUAUGUAGGUAAAUUUACCAAUGUUAUCAUUGAUAACAAGUUAAAGCGUCAAUGCAAGAAGUGUCCGGCUAUUUAUACUGACUUGAAGGGGUUCAAUCGCCACUAUCAAAAGAAGCAUCUAAAAUAA